AUGAAUGUGGUGCAUCGCUGCACCUUCUCCAUGAUUUGGUGGGUUCCGCUCCUGCUUGCGCAUGUGAAGCCGAUCCAGGGCUUGUCGAACCUGGCCCAGGUUCGACAGAACACCAGCCUGGCGGGCCUCACGGGCCUGACGGGCAACCUUCAGGUGGAUGCCUUGAAUCUGGUCUCCAGCCAGUUCACGCAGGGCAAAAUCCUCGAUAACCAGCAGCAGAAGCCGACGAAGACCGGCACAUGGUACGGGACACUUCCAGACAACUUCAACGUCAUAAUUCGCUCUUUCUCUGUGGUGGCAGUUGCGGAGCUUUUUGACAAAACUUGGUUUGUGGCGCUAAUUUGUGCGAUGAACUAUGGCAGGAGCCGGGCUUUCAUUGGCGCCUAUGUGGCACUAGUCGUUCAUGUGCUGCUGGCAGCGGCGCUUGGCGUUGCAAUUGCUCAGCUUUUCUCAAUAACAGUCCUCUGCUUCACCACGGCUACCGUCUUCUUCCUUCUGGCUCUCGCUUACUUCGUCGAGUUUCUUCGAGCAGGUCAAGACGAAGAUGUCAUCCAGGGGCGAACAGAUGAAGCACAAGAGGCGUUGCAAGGCGCGGAUGAGAAGAAAGAGCAGGCUUGGAAGGACAUCAUCCUCCGGGUCUUUGUGGCCGUCUUCGUGGCUGAAUGGGGAGACAGAACACAAGUGGCCAUGGUGACGCUCCAUUCCUCGGCACCCUGGGUUCCCGUGUGCAUUGGGUCGAUGAUCGCCUUCCUUGUCCUCACCCUCAGUGCUGUUCUUGCGGCUUCAUUGCUGGAGGGUACGAAGCUGAGUGAAAAGCUGGUGCUAGGGCUGAGUGCCUGUAGCUUCCUUUUGUUUGCCGCCUUAGCCGUUCGAGAUGGCAUAUCGGCGAGCAGACCAUAA